UCCCACACUGCCCCGUGUCCCCUCCCCAUCCUGUUCCGCCGCUAUCCCACAGUGCCCCGCGCUCCUCCAUUCCCCUCACGCCGCCGCUCUGCCCCAGCGCCCCGCGGCCCCGCGCAGCCAUGGCGUACCGCGGGCAGGGCCAGAAGGUGCAGAAGGUGAUGGUGCAGCCCAUCAACCUGAUCUUCCGCUACCUGCAGAACAGAUCCAGGAUCCAGGUGUGGCUCUACGAGCAGGUGAACAUGAGGAUCGAGGGCUGCAUCAUCGGCUUUGAUGAGUACAUGAACCUGGUGCUGGACGAUGCUGAGGAAAUUCACUCCAAAACCAAAUCCAGGAAGCAGCUGGGUCGGAUCAUGCUGAAGGGAGACAACAUCACCCUCCUGCAGAGCGUCUCCAGUUAGGGGCUGCAGCUGGGAAUGGGA